UUUAUUGUGCUAUCUGGGUAUUUAGUAAAGACGUCUUUUUAAAUGUAACUUGCUCUCGGACCAGACAAUUAUGGCUCUCGAAUGCCGUGCGAGGAUACCACUUACGGAUGCUGCGAGGAUGGCGCUACGCCGGCUCACGGAUGGAACAAUGAGGGCUGCUGUUUAUCGAGCACGUACAAGUGCUGUCCGGAUAACGUGAUGCCGGCGCGUGGCCCAAACUUCGACGGCUGCGCUUGCCAAUACACGAGAUUUGGCUGUUGCCCAGAUAAUUCAACGGCGGCGCGCGGACCGAACAACGAAGGCUGCGGCUGUCAAUACACGCCUCAUGGUUGUUGCCCAAACCAGUUCAUCCCCGCUAGCGGACCCAACUUCGAGGGAUGCCCGUGUUACACUUAUCAGUUCGGAUGUUGUCCCGACGGUGUCACCAUUGCCAAGAGCGCCUAUGGUCAAGGUUGCGGAUGCAAGAAUACGGAAUUCAAUUGCUGUUUGGAUGAAAGAACCCCGGCCAAGGGUCCGAACUUCGCCGGAUGCACAUGCGACGCGUCGCAGUUCGGAUGCUGCGCAGACGGAAUUGAAGAAGCUCAGGGAGAGAACUUUGAGGGUUGCCUCUCGGUGCCUUCCAUGCCUGGUGCUGCAUGCAGAUUGCCGAAGGACAGGGGUUCCUGCCGCGACUUUACGGUCAAAUGGUUCUACGAAACCGAUUACGGUGGUUGUUCGAGAUUUUGGUAUGGAGGCUGCGAGGGUAACGAAAAUCGUUUCAAAACGCAAGAGGAGUGCAAAGAAGUUUGCAUUCAGCCGAAAGGAAAAGCUGCUUGUUUCUUGCCGAAGAUUGUCGGUCCUUGUGAAGGCUUUCAUUCUAGAUGGUACUAUGACGCCGACAGGAAAGAAUGCAGUCAAUUCGUUUAUGGAGGUUGUCUCGGUAAUGCUAAUAAGUUCAAAACUAGGGAAGAGUGUGAAGAACUUUGUGUCACACCUGAUGACGUCGAUCCAUGCAAGCAGCCGAAAAAAACCGGUCCUUGCACCGGCAAUUUCACAAGAUGGUACUUCAAUGCAGAGUUGCAGAAUUGCGAACAGUUCGUAUAUGGUGGCUGCAAAGCUAACGGCAACAACUACCCUACGGAAGUUGCUUGUCAUCAGCAAUGCUUACAGCCAGGUCGAAGAAGAGGUACGUUUCCUUCUCAAUGCUUUUUUCGCUUUCUUUAUGUGCGUUAUAAAGAGAUUUCCUGUAUUUUAUUUCCAUGAAUUAUUUAUUAAUUUAUCUGCACGAGGAAAGAAGUAGCUAUUCUAAUAAUAUUUACAUUAACUAUACUACAUCUGGGAGUUAAUCAAAUUUAAUAAUAGUAGUAUUUAUAAGUAUAUGGAUUGCUGGCGAUAUCUGUCAAUUUUAUUCUUUUAAUAUUAACGAUUAACUUUAUCGAAGAC